UGCGGCCCCUGGGACAUGCGGGAGCGGCUGGGCACUGGCGGCUUCGGCAACGUCUGCCUCUACCAGCACCAGGAGUCUGGUGAGAAGGUGGCGAUUAAAUCCUGUCGUCUGGAGCUCAGUGUGAAAAACAAGGACCGGUGGUGCCAUGAAAUUCAGAUCAUGAAGAAGUUAAACCAUCCCAAUAUAGUAAAAGCCUGUGAAGUUCCUGAGGAGAUGAACUUCCUAGUUAAUGAUGUCCCUCUUCUUGCAAUGGAGUACUGUUCAGGAGGUGAUCUCAGGAAGUUGCUAAACAAACCAGAAAAUUGCUGUGGACUUAAAGAGAGUCAGAUUCUUUCACUGCUUAGCGACAUUGGGUCUGGUAUCCAGUAUUUGCAUGAAAACAGAAUUAUACACAGAGAUCUAAAGCCAGAAAACAUUGUUCUUCAGGAUGAAGGUGGGAAGUUUAUUCACAAAAUAAUAGACUUGGGAUAUGCCAAGGAUCUAGAUCAAGGAAGUUUAUGCACAUCAUUUGUUGGGACUUUGCAAUAUUUGGCUCCAGAACUCUUCAAGAAUAAGUCCUAUACUGUUGCUGUAGACUACUGGAGCUUUGGAACAAUGGUAUUUGAAAGCAUUGCUGGAUUUAGACCCUUUCUACACAACCUUGAGCCAUUUACAUGGCAUGAAAAAAUCAAGAAGAAAGAUGCUAAGCACAUCUUUGCUUUUGAAGAGAUGAAAGGAGAAGUUCGGUUUAGUAGUCAUUUGCCACAGCCCAACAGCCUUUGUAGUAUAAUUGUAGAACCAAUGGAAAAUUGGUUACAACUGAUGCUGAAUUGGGAUCCACAACAAAGGGGUGGAGGUGUAGACCCAGAAAGCAAUCGUCUGAGAUGUUUCCUGUUAAUGGAUCAAAUACUAAAUUUGAAGAUUGUACAUAUCCUAAAUAUGACUUCUGCCAAGAUUGUUUCAUUUCUCUUGCAACCUGAGGAAAGUCUGCAUUCACUUCAGUCUCGCAUUGAGGUUGAAACUGGAAUAAGUACUGGAAAUCAAGAGUUGCUUUUGGAAAUGGGGGUUUCCCUGGACCCUCGGAAACCUGCCUCCCAGUGUGUUAUUGAUGGCGUUAGAGGCUGGGAUAGUUACAUGGUUUAUUUGUUUGAUAAAAGCAAAACUGUCUAUGAAGGUCCCUUUGCUUCCAGAAGUCUGUCUGACUGUGUAAAUUACAUUGUACAGGAUAGCAAAAUCCAAUUGCCAAUUUCACAGCUGCGUAAAGUGUGGGCAGAAGCUGUCCAUUAUGUGACUGGGCUGAAAGAAGAUUACAGCAGGCUCUACCAGGGGCAAAGAGCUGCAAUGUUGAGUCUCCUCCGAUAUAAUGCCAAUUUAACCAAAAUGAAAAAUAAUAUGGUAUCAGCAUCUCAGCAACUGAAAGCAAAGCUGGAAUUCUUUCAUCAGAGUAUUCACCUUGAUCUGGAAAGAUACAGUGACCAGAUGGCUUAUGGAAUAUCUUCUGAAAAGAUGCUCAAAGCCUGGAAGGAAAUGGAAGAAAAGGCCAUCCAUUGUGCCCAGGCUGGAGAUAUUGCUUAUCUAGAUGAACAGAUUAUGGCUUUACACACAGAGAUUGUGGAACUGCAAAGGAGUCCAUAUGCAAGACGCCAAGGAGAUGUUAUGGAGGGCCUGGAGCAAAAGGCCAUAGACCUCUAUAAACAGCUGAAACCCAGGCCUCCAGAUCAUGCCUACAGUGACAGCACGGACAUGGUGAAGAUUAUUGUGCAGACUGUGCAGAGCCAGGACAGAGUUCUCAAAGAGCUCUUUGGCCACUUAAGCAAGCUGUUGGGCUGCAAGCAGAAGAUUAUCGAUUUGCUUCCAAAGAUUGAAGUGGCUCUGAAUAAUAUCAAGGAGGCUGACAAUUCAGUGAUGCAGAUGCAGGGCAAAAGGCAGAGGGAGAUUUGGCAUUUGCUGAAAAUUGCUUGUACUCAGAGUUCUGCUCGCUCUCUGGCAAGUUCUAGUCUAGAAGGUUCAGCUACAACCACAACAGCUGCCUGGCUCCCGCAGACUUCUUCAGGAACUGUGCCCCACUCUCUGUCUUCAGUGUCCACACCUAGAGAUGGGGAAACUUUUGCCCGUAUAUUGGAAGAGAACCUGCACUAUCUCGACCGCUUUAGCACAAUUAUGCAAGAGGCAAAACAGGAGCAGAGCAAUAGCUUGAUGAGCCUUGAUUGGAGUUGGCUGAAAUAGUGAAGGGAAGUAGGUGCCCAGCUGCCAUCCCCAUUGCAUCCACGUGCUGAAGCAUGGCUGACAGCCUGUGGCGAGACGGUUGGUCAAGCACGUGUGCUGUGGUCUGCACCCGCACUCUGCUGCUUCAGGACUCUUAACAUCUCAUCUGAUUGGCAGUUAGCUCUGAAUGAGCCCUUGCCUUGUAUUUUGUAAAUGUUAAUGGACUUGAUUGUAAAGUUCAUGGUCACUAGCAGAGUUCCGGCCUGUGUGAUUUGCAACUAGAAGCAAACAUUUUCCAAUCUGGUGCCUAAGUCAGGCUGUUAAAGUAUCUAAACAAGUAGCCUGGUUAUUCAGAGAUGCUGGGCACCUCCAGCUUCCACUGCUCAGUGCUUGGGAAAAUGCCACCAUUUCUAUUUAGAAGCUUCCUAGGCUUGAAAGCGUUUACGGUAGUCAGUAGAUCUCUAGUAUCACAUGCUCAUGUACUGGGCCCCUUGGAUGUGUCAGUGGGAUGGUGGUUGCUGAUGUGGCAGAAGAGCUGAGGUCAGGAUACUGUUUGUGAUGUUCAGUCUGUGUUAAACUUUUCCCAGCAGGAGAUACUCUGCCUUUGUGUUGGAAGUGAAUGCUGUAAGGUAUGGGAGAGCCAUAAGGUUAUGACACUAUGGAGGCAAUCUCCCUGCUGCUCAUAUUUACUGCUUGGGGGUGGGAGUGUCUCCCAGGUGCAGACCAGGCUCUGCCGUAAGUAGAUGGCAUCUGUGUGCCUUGCUUGUGCACAGAAUGGCUGCUUCCCCCCCCCCGUCCCCCUGAGGACAUGCAUGUCAGGACCUACCUCUGCAGUGAAUGGCUUGGAGCCAGUGUGGGGGCCACUGCAGUGCCAGUUGCAAACUGACAGUUACCUUACCUUACUCCUUCAUAAACAUCCAUCAUCAGUCUGGGGGGAUGCAAUUUUUUAUGAAUGGAAGAGAAACACUAGGCUGUGGCUUUCUUCUGGCUUGCCAUCUUCCCCUGCAGGAAGCAGUUUUGAUAGGUGUUUAUUAUGGGUCAAAUAGCACUCCCCAUUCCAAACAGAACAGAUUUGGAAUCUAACGGCUAUUUUGAAAUCAUGUAAAAACUCUAUUUGUGAAUUUGGAAUAAAUAUCUUCUGUAGUA